GUCAAAGUGCAUCGUCCCCGUGACUCAUUCAUUUUCUCAGCAUGGGGUAUUGUGAAAUAAAAGGUAGAAGAUCCUAUCCUGUUGCAUGAAACUUGUACAAAGAGGAAAUUACGUUUUUAUCUCCCGAGGGUCUGUCGAAGUGUAUUUAUACAGCCUAGCAUAACAUAAUAUACAAGUGUGGUGACAUUUAUGUGAAUGAAUUUUGGUAGUUUUAUCAAUCAGCAUGCAUUUAUUGCUCAGUUUCCUAGGUGAGUAACGUAAACCAGAGCCAUUAUGUUUAUGGAUUCUGGUCACAAAUGUUUCACUGAUUCAACAAUAUUUCUGUUUAUCUUUUCUGUAGUUAUUUCAGCGCUUCAUAGGUGGACGAAUGCGCAAAUCAACAGGAAAGCGGUGGUGGAGGUGACCGAAGGUAGGUCUUAUCUGCUCUCGGGCGGUUCAUUACGACUGACCUGUGACGUGCCAGAGGAUCCAUACCAUUGGACUUUCGACUGGUUUUUUAACGGCCAAAAAUUGGUUAGUGGCAAAUCUUAUGCAAUUCGGCAGGCCCAGGUAAUUCAGAGUGGAAACUACACGUGCAUGGGUGCCAAGGAGAGUGAGCUGGAUCAGACGGGCUUACUUCGGACGGAGAUCAGCGCUCCAUUACCUGUGGACAUUAAUGGUGGGUGGAUUAUCCUGGAGGCCCCCAGCAAAGCACCGAUCAUGGAGGAAACGAUGACCUUGACGUGCCGGCUUCGUGAAAACUAUUUAGAUACAGAAGUCAUCUUCUACUUGAACGGGAGAGAGAUGUGGAGGCAGCAUAACAACACAGUGACUGUGCCCAACCUCAAUUUAGAUCAUGGAGGAGAAUAUUCCUGCAGGGCCAAGUGGGAGACUCAGGGUUUGUACCACUCUGUGCACACUGCACACUCUCCCGGUGUUUCAGUGACCAUCCUAGAAAUACUAACCACACCAAAGCUGUCUGCGAGCAUAACCUCAGUCGGGAGGGACAAGGAUUUGAAGCUGACCUGUACAACAAAGGUGAACACCAGAAAGACCGGCUCCUUUCCGAUCCACUACUACUUCCUGAAGAAUGACAACCCAUUGGGCCCGGCCACAUCGAAAAACAUCUUCACCAUCCGGAAUGUGGGCAGAGAGGAUAGCAACUGGUACAGCUGCAGGGCCGUGGUACCCAAGCUGAACCAGGAGAAAUGGAGCACACCGGAACGUGUCAAUAUCAGAAUGAGUGGCUAGACAUAGUAGUAUUUAGUAUGUAGUAUGUAGUGUGUAGUUGGUAGUAUGUAGUAUGUAGUAUGUAUUAUGUAGUAUGUAGUAUGUAGUAUGUAGUAUGGGUAUUUAACCAUGUCCGGGGUGUCUUGUCACUGUCACUGUCAGGUGCAACGGUGUCAUGUUACCAUAGCAGCAAUUGUCUUGACCUAUCAAGGAAUCUUUUACGCCGUGGCAACUUAGAAGAAUGUGAUAGGCUGUUUUGGAAUCUAAACUUCUGAGAGCUGUCAUGACCGAUAAUGAUACAGUCACUGUCUUAGAGAGUGUUUCAUUGGACACUGACUAAACACUGACAUGGUAUCUGUCUUAUAACUUAUAAAUGUUUAUGACAAGCUUAUGUCACUGUUAUGAAGGCAGGUUUAAGCAAAGUGUUACGGACAGGUCUUUGGUAUUAUUUAGUAUUAGUAUAUUUUAGACUGUUGUUACUGCGUUUAUUUAUUUACAGUAAUGACUUCAUGUGUCAGGUAUUUAAGCACAUCUGAGUAAUUCUUGCAUUUAUUUUCUGAAUUUCUUGGUUUGUUUCAGCCACCAUGCCUCAUAUAAUUUCUUUAUUUUAGAGUGGGGGUUGAACGUUUCUAAUGGUCUCUCUUUUUUUAACCAGAUAACCCAUGAUUUAUUGGUAUGAUCUUGCCACUCAUAGACACAUUUUUGACAUUUAUUUUAUUUCAAAGCCUUGUUUAAGUUUGCAGUGUGCUUAGGUAUGGGUCAAGUCACAAUUAUGUCCCUGUACAUUGUAAUUAAUGGCAGACAAUGAUCUAUAUGACAUUUCCCAUUGAUUAAAUAAUGUGAUUUGUCUUCAAAGUAUUUAAAUAACAGUGGGUCAUGUGUCAAGCACAGUACUUGUAAUGUUUAUAGUGGUCAUUAGUUGUAUUUAUGAAUUGCAUUGAGAUGAAUAAAAGCUAUGAAAACCUCUGCUCUUAUAA